GAAAAUAUUGUUCUUUCUACUCGAAAGUAAGGUUAAAUGUCAAUUUUAUGUUUUUUAGGUAGAUGGCAAGCACAAAAAUGCAGACUCAGCAUUUGAUAGGCUUCAAGUUGAUAUUCAGCACCUUAAUUUAUGCGACGAAGGUCCCUCUUCUGAGAAAAAAAGGACUUCCUAUUAUUGGUGUUGGGAAGCACCUGUGUGGUGCAGCAACAGAUCUGGCCCUUCUGUGUUUAUUUGAGCACAGCUGCACCGACAAAGAUGAUGAACCUCCAACAAAGCGCAUAAAACUCCAUCAGAAUGAGGGUGGUGGUGAUUUUAUCAAGCCUGUUCCCUCAACCGAAGGCAGGGAAACUGGUGAAAAGCUCAUAGUGUCAGGACUGGCCAUCGCUCUUUGCUGCCACCACCGUUGCGACUGGAGACACUACGUGGGAAAAGAGUUCUUCAGGCAGAGAGGUCUUGGACCGGAAGAGUUUGCUGCCUUUCAGUGCAUGUCGAGCUGGGCCACUUGCGGGAUGAGAAAAAUUGGCUCCAAGACAACAGAAAAACGAAGUGAACAUAAAACCGGUGAAGAGGAAGAACAUGAGAUGAGCGAGGAAGCUUUACCAGAUACCCUCAACAGGUGA